AUGGCAGCCUAUGACACUGAAGCUGGCGAGAAGGAGCAUAUUCUCACUCUGCCCAACAACAGACAGCUCGCCUACGCCCACAAUGGGCCCAAGACAUCUCGAACCGUCAUCAUCUUCUUCACGGGCGUGCUGAGCGUGGGGACCGCGCAUCGAGUGCCGGAGCCAUGCCGCGCAGUGGGAGCACACUGGAUCAGCCCAACUCCCCCCGGCUCGGGCAAAUCAAGCACGCGCGACAAAUCCGUGCCCUACAACGUCUCGCUCGCCCGGGACAUCUCUGCCCUCCUCACAUUCCUUUACCCUACCAAUGACUUCGAUAAAUUGUACAUUUCAGGUGGUUCGUAUGGUACUGUGCCGGCACAAAUGCUGUAUGGCGCACCGUACGAGUUAUUCCCGGCAGGCCGCAAGAUUGCGGGAUGUCUCUUGCUCGCCGGCUUCUCACCAGUCAAGUAUCACACGGACUACACAAAGUCGUUGAACUGGCAGAACUACUUCUCCUUUGGCCCACCAACUCAGUUUCUUCCUUUCCACGCGGUUCAGUGGAUCUUCAGAGCCGUCGUCGGCCUGAGGUUGAAAAGUCUCAAAGGUACAAAGGCAUUUCUUCGACAAACACUCAUCGAUCCCAUGGACGACGAGGAGAAAGCCACGUUCGGUGGGUGGCUGCGAACCAACCACCUCUCGGAGGAUGCGUUCCUCGAAUCAAUGGCCAAUGGGACUAUCCGAUGUUGCCAGAAUUGGGACGGGGUUAUGGAAGUUUCGGAUGUGAUUCAUUCGGAUUGGGGGUUCGAGCCCAAGAGGCUGGAUGACCAGCACGCAUCGAAGCCGAUGCUUGUGGUUAGCUCGAGCCACGAUCAUAUUGGCGGCAGUACCAAUGAUUGGAUUGUGCAUAACUACAAGUCUGCUAAGCCGAAGAUGUUGCCCGGGGGACAUAUCUCCUCGCUGUUUCAUAUUGAUGAGCUGUGGGAGGAGAUGUUCAGCAGUGAGUACCCAAUCUAUAUUCCUUCGUGA